UUUUCAAAGAUGGCCGAGUCGACGGAACUGUCCCCUAAAGCUCCAACGGAUGAUGCAGGUGAUUCAACAGACCAAGAAUAUGAAAUCACAGCUGAUAUGAUGGUGCACGAUAUUGAUGAUGAAACUACUAUGGACGAGGAAGAGUUCAUGGCAGAUAAAGAUGAAUUUAAUGAAGACGAACUAUCAGAACUUCAAAAGGAACAGGACAUGCCACUGGAGGAAUUACUGGCUCUAUAUGGAUACUCAGACGAGGCUAACCCAGAGGCUGUUGUACCUUUAGAUGAGAUCAAGCCUGAACCUCUUCCACCUCUGAUUGACGCCAGUGAAAUUGAUCCCUCUCCUCACCCAGUUAAUCCACUGCUCGGAGAAAGUGCUCUGCCAGAAACUACAGAGUCUCUGGCGGUUCCUUCCCCAGACUCCCCCCUGUCAGUACCAUCACCCAGGUCUCCACAGUCCCUUCCUUCACCAAGACCUACUCGCGAUAACAAUGUCUUUCCUGAAAACCAAAGGAUAACCAGAGGAUUGGCUGCUGCUUACAGUUAUUUCAAUCUGGGUGAAAGUUCGUCAUCUUCUGAUGAUGAGGAUUAUUCACCGGAAGACUGGAAGAAGGAGAUCCAAAUUGGACCUGAUCAUCAGGCAGAAGUCCCAGAAGUACUGGGUCCAAACUAUCAAGAUGCUCCAUAUUCGAAAGAUGACAAGUGUCUUUGGGAUCCAAAGAAAGUCAGUGGAAAAGAGUUGCAGCGAUAUCUUAAUGCAAUCUGCCAAAUACCAGGCUUAGAAGGAAUGAGAAGAGAUGUAAUUAGAGACGAUGAACAGGCCCUUUACCUGCUUUUACAAUGCAACUACUUAGUGGAAGAAGCUAUUGGCAAGCGAAAAUCACAAACCAAUCCACAAGCAGAAAUGGCCCUUUGGUCAGAAGAUGAGUGCAGAGAUUUUGAAAGUGGUUUGAGAGUAUAUGGCAAGGACUUUAGACAGAUACAAAAAAAUAAGGUUAUAUCACGCAGUGUGGGAGAAAUUGUUCAGUUUUAUUAUUUGUGGAAGAAGACUGAACGCCAUGAUGCAUUUGCUUGCCAAACAAGGUUAACUAAAAAGAAAUAUGCCUUUCACCCUGGCAUCACGGAUUAUAUGGACAGAUUCUUGGAUGAGAAUGAAAGUGCUGCAUCAAGCCGUGCGUCCAGUCCCCACAACUUUACAAUGUCAAGGGUACGACCAGGAAAUGGCAAUGCACCUACUACUGUACAAACUCCAAGUCAGCCAAUAGCAAUACAACCAGCGCAUACUAUUGGAGCCCCCACAGCAGCCCAGAGCACCAUUGUCACCAUCAAUGGCACAAACUCAAAUCCUUCAUCUGUCUCGUUGCCAAGGAGAGAGAGAGAAUCCCAGGAGAAUCCUGCCAACAGACAGGUGCAGCAACAGCAGUCUUGUGUUCCAACAUCCGUUAUAGUUUCAGGGCCAGAUUCUGGAGGGGAACCACCACUCAAAAAGUUAAAAAUCCUCCCUGGUUCUCGACCGAAGCUUAUCAACAGUAUGCUGAGUAAACCACCUCCUUUAAAGCCCAUAGUGUCAGUGGGAUCUGGGGCAUUCCAUCCAAAUAACAUUGGGAGUGUACCAUUGCCUCCGACAAGUGUUUCAAGUUUUAAUACAUCAAAUUCUCAUGAACCUUCUUACUUGCCUGUGCAAAACACACCAGAUGUGACAGAUUCUCUUCUCUUUACACACAACAAGUGACAAUUGUUCAGCUUUUUAAUGGUGUUACUCACAGGCUGGGGCAGAUAAAUACCUAUCAGAUGAGGGAACUCCACAAAGAAGCAGAUGUUUUGCAAUGCUGAUGCCCUUCCUUUACUCUCAAGCUUAAGUACUAAAUGUAACUCAAGGCUCUUAUACUAAUCAGACUGCUUUUACUCCCAAGAUCUGAUUGUCAAUUCUCUCCCCAAGCUGCCACAUAUUUCCUUCGUAAAUUAGUUACAAGAGUUUGGUGUUAGAUCAAGAUAAAGAUUGUUACCUGAUAAAUUUGAGUAUUCUCAAUACCUG